UCUUUAAUACUCAAUGUUUGUUUUGUCAAAAUGGCGUUUAGUUUCCCAGCUUUUUCAUACAUUAUUGCGUUAAUUAUUGACGCAUUUCUUAUAUUUUUUUCUAUAUUUCAUGUGAUAGCAUUUGAUGAAUUAAAAACUGAUUAUAAGAAUCCAAUUGAUCAAUGUAAUAGUUUAAACCCUCUGGUGCUGCCGGAGUAUUUGCUGCAUUUAUUUAUUAACGUGUUGUUCUUAUUGUCGCAAGAAUGGUUUGCACUAAUAAUCAAUUUACCAUUAAUUAUCUAUCACAUAUUCAGAUAUCGAAACCGACCUGUGAUGUCAGGGCCUGGCCUGUAUGACCCGACGAGCAUAAUGAAUGCUGAUGUUUUGACUGUUUGUCAGCGGGAAGGAUGGAUAAAGUUAGCAUUUUAUUUGCUUUCAUUCUUCAUAUACUUAUAUGGAAUGAUUGUGGUGCUUAUUGCAGUAUAGAACUCAGUAUUUGUUAGGUUUUUAUUUAUUAUCCAAAGUCGACAUAAGGUGUCAGUCAAUAUUCAAUAAGCUUUUGCAAAUAAUAGUUGAUGGUGAAAUAUUUUGAUAAUUAAUAAACAAUGAAAUCAU